AGCAGUGUCCAUCGGGUAACCAUCACCAGAUCGAAUCAGUUGAUCGUACCGAUUCAACCCUUUUCCUUCGUCCGACGAAAAUCUACAAACUACUCCAAGAUGAUCAAGGCAGUGCUUGUCCUCGUCGUUGCUCUCGUGGCCGUCGCCUCAGCCUUCCCUCACGGAGGUGGAUUUAACCAGGGUGGAUACAACCAGGGUGGCUUUGGAGGAUUCGGUGGAAACGGAGGAUACUCGUACAACCAGGGCCAGGGAUACGAAGGAUACAACAGAGGAUUGUACCCAGGAUUCGGAGGAUACAACCAAGGAAUCGGAGGAUACAACCAAGGAUUCGGAGGAUACGGAGGAUACAACCAAGGACUCGGAGGAUACCAGCAAGCAUACAGCCAGAGAGGAUACUACUAUUAAACAUCCCCCAUGGCCGCUGAUCCGAAGACGACAAUUUCCGGUCGUUCAGAGACGAAACUUUAAAACCUGAUAAUAUAACGAAUAAAAUGAAUUUCAUACAAUAAACAAACAAUUGCCGAAA